UCAUCCUGACCCAACUGACGGAGAAUAUAUCUUGUGAAAGAAAUUACAUUAUCAAUCAACAAAAUUAAAGCUUAUAAUGUAAAAUGUAUUAUGAGCUAGUGAAUUUUGUAAGUAUAACCUGUUCUGGUACUCAGACAACCACCUCGGUUAGAUUGAUAAAGACUAAUUUUCUUGUAAUGUAGAUUUUAAAUAUGGUAUAACUGGCCAUGACAGUGGUCUACAGUAGCCAGGAUUCACCAUGGCGUCAAAACAAAGGGUUGUCGAAGAAAUAACGAAUACGCAAACCGAAACCUGCAACGAUGCGUCAACACCGACCAGCGCACAGGUUCAACUGCAGACGCAGAAGAAAACAUUGCUACGAUGGUUGAACUGGAAGCUAGAACUGUUAGGUGGAACGGAGCAGAUUACAGACCUAUCCUAUGAUCUCAGGAAUGGAGUUCUUCUUCUCAAACUUCUCAGUACUUUUACAAACACCCAGAUUUCUGCAGAGACGGGAAAGUUCAGGGUUCAGAGGUUGGGUAACCUCUCCACGGUAUUGGAGACGAUGCAGAGGGAGAGAGCAAGGACGGUGGGGAUAGAACCAACCCACAUCCUGGACGGAGAUCUUGAGAAAACUGUUCAACUGGUCUGGAGUAUUAUUCUCAGAUGGGAACUCCAGCCAAGGUUUCAGGAAGAAGGAUGGGAAUCUUUCAGUAUUGAUCAGAUCAUUUCAGCCUGGCUCUCAACCUCAACCAACCUUGUUACAAACCUGACAACAGAUUUGCAGGAUGGACACGUUCUCUGUCAACUUAUUCUCUCCUCCAGCCCCAACCUUCCAGGGCUCCAAGACUCACUGGAGAAGUCUGCAAAAGAGAGAUGGAAAAUUCUGCUCCGAUGUUGCAAAACUCAUUUAAAAACUCCUUCUCUACUUGACGCCGAGGAUAUAAUUGAAGGGUUUGUUGAUAAGAACUCCUUAAUUCUCUACCUGGGGAUUUUAUUCUCCGCUCUACCUCAUACAAACCUGGACCCGGAGAGGGUAGGGAAGGUUCCACUGGAACUAGAUCCAGAACUCAGCACCAGGAUAUCUGGGUCUCCUAUCAAAACCCAAGCACGGAUGGAUGAGGGUCGGCUCAGUAUGAAAGGAUGGAUGAACUGUCUGGAGGAGGUUCUAGGUUGGAUACUGGAGGCAGAGGAACAUCUUCUCUCUCUUCAUAAUCUAGGACAUAGGCAAUUGCAAACAGUUAAAACCAAGUUCUAUAAUCACGAAGAUUUUAUGCUUGAACUCCAAACCCAUCAGGGCGCGGUCGGCAAGGUAUUGAGUCGAGGACAAGAACUAGUGAGUACAGUUUCAAAUCCCCAGGAUCAAGUAGAGAUUAGGAUCCAGAUGAAAGUUCUCAUUGAAAGAUGGGAGAAGGUUAGAGAGCUUGCCAUGAGUAAACAAUCCGAGCUCCACAAGCUUAUCAUGCAUCUACAGUUGGAGCAAAUCACGGCGCUGAGAACCUGGAUGACCAAGACGGAGGAUAGAAUAUCUCUGCUAGGACGGAGUGGAAAGGAUCUUGAAGAGGUUCGAACCCAGCUCCGUGAGGUUGAUGAUCUUCAAGGAGACCUGGAGAACCAACACACUGCUGUUAGUGCCAUCUCGAACUUUAUCCUGGUUGAGUCGGAUGAAGCAAUUAAUAUUGAAGAUGAGCUGGCAGGAUUAGGAGAGCGUUGGUGUAUGAUCUGUAGAUGUAUUGAAGAAAGACAAGAGUUUCUCCAGGGUCUAGCAGGAGUACAGGAGGACCAGGACCGUCUCCACAACUAUCUCCAGGGGGUAGAAACUAUGCUCAAGGAGAUGGAACACUCUCAAGAUCUUGAUAACGUUCAGCUUCAGGAUCAAACACGGAGAAUUCUGGUUGUUGAGACUGAACUAGAGGUGAAGAGGGAACGAUUAACUCUGCUCGGUUUAAACACAGAGGAUAUACAGAACCGGAGUGAUGAGAUGGACCCCGGAGUAAAGAGUAUCAGCUCCAAGAUGGAGAAUCUGCAGGACAGGUGGGAUGUACUGAUAGAAAUCUUGUUUGCACAAAAGCAGAGAAUAUCUAAACUUGGUGUAGAGUUCUCCCAGGAACACGAUCAGAAUAAAGAGGAGAAUCCGUCCUCGGCGAAGAAGAGGAAGGUGACAGGAAGUAAAAGGAUUGAAUUUGAAACUGGUUUUGAACGAAUAUCCAGUUGGUCGGAGUCAAUUCUCUCCAGAUUACAGGAUUCAUUACUCAAUUCUCUUCAACUUCAGGAUCAGACCCUUCUCCUAGAGGACACAGAGGCAGAGGUGCAACCUCAGAAACCCAAGGUUGAAGAGUUUGUUGCUCUAGGAAACCUUUUGAAGCAAGAUGUUGAGAGUGAACCUGAGUUGAGAAGUAUUGUGAGUAAAGUUGAGAAGGUUGAGAAGGAGUACCUGCAGAUUCAAUCCGCUCUAUCCAAUCUCAAGGAUAGAGUCAACUACCAGACUGAGAAAGAUUGUUUCUACGGUCUGGCGGAGCAGUUAAACAAGAUUCUAAACAACUUAAAAUCAUUCCUAGUUGAAACCGAGUCGUGGGAUUUCUUGAAUCUGGAGGACGGAUUGAAAACUAGAGUUGAGGGGAAGAAUAAGGUUUUGGAAUCCGUAGGAGUUAAACUGGAGGAACUAGAUGCAAUAGGUGGCAGCCUUAAUCAGCAUACUGUUUCCGAGCCUGAGAACACAGUGAAGCGAGAUUUGUAUCAGCUCUGGGAAACCUUCAGAUCGGUGGAAUCUCAUUUCUCCAGUCUUCUCUCCAAGUUUAACUCUCCUCGUGAGAACAAGGGUGAACCUAAACCUGAUGAAACCUGUGUGAACCAAGUAGAAACUAUCUGUGAUACUGAGGAGCUGAGUACGGAGAACUUGAGAGUAGAUACAGUAAAUCUUGAACCUGAACAUUACGAGGAGUGCACCAUCACCACUACCCUAACUCUACCCCAACCUACAGUUCAGAAAUCGGAAAUAUUUAUUACAAUGAAAACCUUGACGAGAAUCGACAGCUCCGAGCCUAAACCAGAAAGAGAACUCUCCGACCUGGAGCGAAACCUGGCUUCAUGCCAGGAGUUUCUCAACCAACCAGUUUUCUUGCAGGAUAACUCAGACAUGGAAGACGAUGUUUCAAGGAUAAUUUCCUGUCUUCAACUCCUCUCAAACGCGUUCGUUCCUGCAAGCUUGACAGAGGAGGAAUCUUCUCAAGUGUUGGAUCAGCUCCUGGAGGUUAAAAAGAAUCUGCGAAGUAGAGAACGGACUGUAAAAAGUAUGAUAGAGUCCCUAAACCAGCUGCGGGAGGAGAUAUCCGGCCUCACCCUCUGGAUGAAGGAGGUUCAUAUAUUUCUAGAGGCUGAAGAGGCUGCUUUCGGAGACCUGGAGACUUUAGAGGCGCAGUUAAAAGAAUCGAAUGCACUGCAGGAGGACAUAACGACGCUGCAACCCAACCUUGGAAAUAUUAAGGAGAUCGGAGAAACACUUCUCAAAAGAACGAACCCGAACCACGAGUUCCGAGCUGUACUGGAGUCAGAGAUAUCUGAGGUCAGUAAUACCUGGAGUUCUACUGUAAGGUCGGCAAAAGCUCAGAACCUGAAGUUGAAGACUGCAUAUGAUAAGAGUAGAGAAGUAUUGGAGCUGAUGAACGAGAUUAACAAGUUCCUGGAUCUGCUGGAGCUGGAGCUGCCCAGGGAAGGAGUCGUUACAGAAGCACCAGAGCUCUCUCAACGAACUUACAAGCUGUUGCAGCUGAGAGAUAGGACGGAUAGGAAGAGUUGUGUUCUGGAUAGAUUAUCCAGUACUGUCAGUGAACUGAUAGAAAGUGAGGGUGAGGGAAGUGAGAAAAAAGUUUCCGAACUCGGAGCUAAGUUAAGUGAGGUUCAAACUCGUUGGAGUUGUAUAACAAACCCAGUAACGGAACAGUAUACUAGGAUGAAGGAAGCUACGUCUGACUAUGGGGAGUUUAAGACUCUAGUAGCCCAGGAGUCGGACUGGUUGGACAGGUUGGAGAAAAAACUCCGACGCUCUAGUAAGUGUGCAGCAGACGCUGAGGAGAUAUCUGAGGAACUAGACGACCUAGAGAACUGUCUUCAUAAUCAUCCAACUGAUCGAAUACAGAGAUUGAAACUUCUCUCUAGUUCGCUCUCGGAGAAGGAUGUUUUGAUAUCUCCAGUUCAAACAGAAACAGGCAGAUUAGAGAAGCGUUGGCAAUCUUUAGAGAGGCAAGCUAAAUCUAGGAUAAAAAGUCUUGAAGAGUGCAUCACGGAGGCACAGGAGUGGGAGUGUAAAAUAUUAGGAGUUCAGGACUGGUUAACUGAGAAAGAUAUUCUUCUGACCUCCCAUCUUGAACAUGAACUAACCGUUGACGAUCUCCAGGACGAAACUCAGAAGGAGCGAAUGCUGCGGGAAUUCGAGGAUAAGGAAAAUAUUCUUGCUGAGAUGGACGAACAGGUGGAUAUCUACAGGGAGGAGGGGAAGGAGGAGGCUGCUGCCAGGUUAGAGGAUCAACUCACUCUUAUUCAUUCAAAAUUCCAGGAGUUGUCAAGUAAGUUUGAACUGUUCCAACAGCCAACAGAUUAUGAAGGAAAGUUGGGACGGAUAACCCGUCAGCUUCGGGAUAUACAGCAUAACAUGUACCUCACGGAGCUAGUCUCACACGAUUCAGAUUCAAUCCAAGGCCAGCUUCAUCACACAAGAUGUAUUUACAAUGCGUUAGCGGAUAUUAAAGGUGAGGUGGAGGGAACUAUAAAGAUGGGUCGGAAAUUAGUUGAAACUAGUUCUCUGGAUAAUCCGCACCAAACUUCAAAGCAUAUUGACUCAUUGAAGGAACUAUUCAAUAUUCUCGGAGCACAGGUGACCGAGGCGAGGGAGGUUUUACAGAAAGCUCUUGAGAUAUCUCAGGUAUUGAUGGCUAAGCUGAAGACCAUUAACAAUUGGUUAAGUCAAGCACAGAAGGAAUUGGAGAACAUUUCUCUUGAACUCAUUCCAGACAUGAUCAAGGAAAUGAAGAUAAUGAAGAUGGAGGUGAGAGAGGUGCUGUCCAUCAAACAGGAGUUUGUCAGUUUAUGUGCGGACCCAUCCUUACUAGUUGGGUUAAAAGAUACCUUAUCUAGUUUAGAAUCUAAAUGGAGUAUUCUCAAAGAUGGGAUCAAGCAGAAGCUGCCGGAGAAUGAAAGGUUCGCGGUUGCUGAACUGGAUUUAUCCGGAGAAGGCGAUUUUAGACUCACAUCUCCGGCGAGCACUUCCAUGAACUCCUCGGCAGGAGAGGAAGGUUUACUCCUUCAGGAGUUUAGAUCUGCAUUCCAGGAGAUUUCAAGCUGGUUGGAAACAGCAGAGCAGAUACUUGAUGGAACCAAAUCCAAGGAAGAGUCAAGACAACUCGGAGAACAAAUAUUGAACCUUCAACCAAGGGUUGACAGUCUGGGUGUCAUGGCUGAUCGGAUUCUUGAAAAGUUUACUUCUCAGAGUCAGGAGGUGGAACCAGAAAUGGAACUUUUAGGACAACGGUGGGAAAAUGUUCUUGCAAGGAUUGAAGAAUGUUCCAAUUUCUCAGUGGUGGAGGUGGAAGAGAUUAAAACAACAAUUGCUCAGCGUGUGAUACCAGUCCCGGAUACAGUAAAUAUAACCACUACAGUUCCCGAACCUGAAGAGAUUUCGACACUUCCUGAAGAAACCAAUGAAACUAGAUCUUGGUUGGAUUUCAAUGACAAAAUUGGCAGUUCGCGGGAUUCAAGUCCGGAAUUUUUCAGUGCGUCAUUAAGAACGCCAGAAAAGAACGCCAAAGAUAGUCAAGAAACCAUUGUUGAGUCUCCGAAGAAAGGGAAGACCCCUCCCCCAACGAAACCUAAACCAAGAUGGUAUGUUGAAUCUGUUCAGGAGGCUUGUUCAGUAACCAGCAGCUGCUCCGUAGUUACCUCUAUCUCCCUUCCCCCAGUUCAGCAUGUAACUGUAACCUCGUCAACCCUACCCUCUCCACGUUCUCUUUCAUCAACUGGAAGUACGGUGAUAGAACCACUGCGUAAAACUACUCCUAUUCCUAUCUUAAGUCCCAUGAGAACAGUCCUGCCGUCUGUAGACACUAGUCCAUCAGCGUCCCCGGUUAUCAGUCCUAUUGAAGCAGCAGCUCCGCAAUCCAUCCUGGAUGAUAUUGAUAAACAAAAUGAACGUGAUAACGUGAUUAUAGAUCGUCUUCUCCGAGGUACCUCCGCUGAUAUUGAGGAUGUACGAGCCCGUAAAAGUUACUCAAGUCCUAGAUUCGGUCGUGAAAAUAUUUCAAACAACGCUAAAGAUAUUAAAGAGUUUGAAGAGAAGUUUACAAAUAUAUCAUUGAAGAUUGCAAAUGCUAGGCAGAGGUUGCAAGAGUUGGAUAAAGAAUCUGAUUAUAAUCUAAGGGUGGAUCUCAUAAAUAUGGAGCUCCAGGAGCUGGAAGCCGAGGUUGCAACCACUAUCUCAAGAGGAGAUACGCUCGUACUCCGGGUACACAGGUUUGACCAGGUUCAAGGUGAUGAUCUGAAGGAGAGAGUUGCAGAACUGAGGCAAUCCUGGAGCAAACUGAGAGGGUCAGCAGAGGAGAAGAAAUCUCAUGCACUUCGUGAAUCCGAGAUUCUAGCAAAAUUACGAGGAAAGCUAGAAAUCAUGCAUCCAUGGCUAAACUCUGUUUUGAAGGAUAUCAGGCCUAAAAAGACGGAAGAUCAAAGAGUGAGCAGUGCAAGAGCAGAAAUUGAUCGAAAAUACCAUGAAAUGAAAUCUAUAGAGAGACUUGCCAGCUCAUUUAAAUCCCUAGAUAGUUUAGGAGGAAUGAAGGAUACUCUGAUCAAUAUCAGAUCAAAUUGGGGUCAGCUUAAAGAUUUUGCUACGCCCAUGAGAAAAUCAAAGAGCAAAUCUCCAAGAGAAAUCGUGGAUAAGUCUGUUCCUGCCGAACUAUUCUCUAGGAUAACUAAGCUGCAAGAAGCCCUUGAAGCUAUCAGGAGCCAACUUGAAACCUCUAUUAUGACCGGAAAGAAGUAUGAGAAUAUGAAUCUGCAAUCCGAUAUGUUGGAUAAAGUGAGACAAGCCCUGGAGACAUUACGACCCAGAGUAAAGAAAACCAUUCUUGAAAUCGAGACUGUAUCAGGGGCCCUAUCCAUGGAAUAUUUUGACAGGUUAACGGCCCUAGCUGAGAAGCUGCGUGAGGAGUGGAGAGGGAUUAACGAGGAUUUUAGUAUCCGAGAGAACACCUGGCGAGAGUGUCAAGCAGAACUCCGUAGUUUCAACACUAGGACGGACUCUCUUAGUUCAUGGAUUGCGGAGAAGGAGAAGGUUCUACUCCUCUGGAAAAGGGGAACUCGAGCUUUUCAACCCUCAGAGAUUUCGAGUCUUCAAACUGAAAUAAAAGACGAGGAGAAAAGGGUUCAAAGUCUGGCGGAACUUGGUCUGAAAAUAUCUAAAGAAAGUGGAGCAACGCAGGCUCGAGAAAUAUUUAAUAAACAUGACAAGGUUAGAAAACGUUGGAGAUAUAUCUACACAGAAACCAGUAUAAAGGAGAGUGAGAUAAAUGGAAACUCAAGAAACUCCGUGGAACAGGAGAACACAACCAAUGGGAACCAUAAUGAUAUCAUUUCUUGGGCUGAAAAAGCUUUGCCUGAAGCAGGAAAACCCGUUAACGUGAGCGAACUUGAAGAAUUGAAAAAUGGAAUUCAUUUGCUCCAGAGUCUUCAAGUUACACUGAUAAACCAGAGAGUUUGUUUGGACGAGCUUGCUGCUGAUAUUGGAGAAAACUCUACCAUUUAUCAACAUAGCAGGGCUCAGAUAGAAAAGCUAGGUGUAGUCCUACCAAAACGUUUAAGUUUUCUCAGUGAUAAAUCUGACCGACUUGUGAAGCUAGUUGAAGGUACAGAGGAGAACCUGAAGUGGGUGGAAAUCAUGCAGCAGAAACAGGAUUCAGCUGACACCUCCGAGGAUCAAAGUACACCAAGAAUUACUUUGAGUGAGAGAGAAUAUUCAAUAAAUAAACUGUUGAGUGAAUAUCAGGUACUGGAGAAAGAAGUAAUUGCUUCCGGGUUUACUGUUAACUCACAUAUGGCCGGAGAGGUUAAACAAUUGAAAUCCAAGUGGUUGAAAUUGUGCGGGGACGUGAGACGAAUAACUCCAGUCUCUAUAUCUACUCAAGUUUCGUCAAUAUCUACAGAGAUUCCUAAAACAAGUUCAUCCCAUUCUGUUUCAAGUUUUAUCAGUCUUGCAUCUCUGGCCUCUCCGACCUCACAAAGCAGUGAACAAUGGGCAGCCUCCGCAACAACAGCCUCUAACAGCCCUAUGUCUGAGGACGUCACCCCGAUAUGUGACUUGUUUUCUACAUUCAGUGAGAAAGCGAAACUGAUGUUGGACUGGAUUUCGAACCUGUCCAGGGACCGGGGAGAAAAUGGAAUAUCCGUCGUUGACACUGACGGAGUAGGACGAGAACUAGACAGAUUCAGAGCUCUAAUAUCCCAGUUUGAAUCAAGGAAAUAUAGCAAAGAAGAACUGAUUAGAUCAGGGAUAGAUUUAAGAACAGAACAGUCACGAGCUAUUUGCGAGGAGUUGAAGAGUAGAUGGAGCACUCUCCAGCAGGAUUUGAUGUCAAGGAAGACGGAACUGACCGCUAUGUUGGAGCAUGCUGACAAUUUGAACACAAAGGGAGCUGAGGUGUCUCAGUGGUUGGGGAAGCUGGAGAAGAUGUUGGCUGGAGCUGGGAUUGGUAAGACAAGGGAUGUUCUUCUCCGUCAGAUUCGAGAUGUCAAUCAGAUACAUCGUGAACUGCAGCAGUACGGACAUCAUGUAACACUUCUAUCCCAGGUCUGCCAGCGUUUAAUUAGCAUCUACACUAAGGACGACACAAGCGGUAUUACCAGAAUAAACAAGGAACUGACGGGUCGCUUCUCCGCCCUCACAUCUAGCUCUACAGCGCGUGGCAAGUCAUUGCAGUCUGCUCUAGGCUCGUUAAACGAUUUUGAUCAGGACCUGGCCCAGUUUCUAGUUUGGAUGGGAGAGGUUGAAGGAACAUUAGAGAGGAUGCAGGAGGAUAAGGAGAGUCAAUCGAGGUUAGAGGACGUCAAAGCCGAGGUUAGAGAAAAAGACGCUAAAUUUCACUUAAUCUCGACCCGAGGGAAUGAACAACUAUCUUACUCAGAAGACAAUGAUAUAGUUCUUUCCAGUAAGGUUGAGGAACUGAAGAGACGUUGGACAGAGUUACAGAAUAGUAUCCUUAAUCUCUCCGACAGGAUCGGAAGGCAUAGCAUGAAAAAUAUGCAUGAAGUGACUGUGUUAAGAUCCUGGAUUAGUGCAAAGAUGGACGAAUUAACGAACUUGAAGAUGGGACGGAACCUGGCAGAAAUUAAGAGACAAAGGGAGGAACACAGAUCGUUCAGAGAGAAGAAAAAUCUGAAGGAGAAAGAACUGAUCAAGAUUCGGAGUAAGUCUAUCACCGACAUGGAGAAAAGUCUGGAGGACGAGUGGAAAAGUCUAAGCGAAAGAUCGGAACAGUGGGAGCUGGAUCUAGAAGCAGCUGAAGCCGGAGCUAGAACGGUGGAACAGGCUCUGUACCAGGCAGAGUCGAAAUUAAAGAAUUUAGAAUCCUGCAGUGGAGAGUGGGAACUCCCACCUAGUCUGGAUACUGCGGACGGAGAGAGGGAAGAAGUAGAAUCUAUAAUCUCCGGAUUACACAAUGUAGAGGAGAUGGUUUUGGAGGCGAAGAUACAGAGUGACUCCAAUCCGUUCCUAGACGUGACAGACCGAUUAUCUGGUGUUGAGCAGAGAUUAACAACACUUAAAGAAUCUGCAGUAUCUAGACGUGAACAGUUAUCUGGUUUAGUGGUUCAACAGGAUCCAGGAAAUCAGGAGUUUCUCCGGGAGUGCGUUCCAGACGAUUGGGAACGAUGUGUUACUAGUGACAAUAUUCCAUAUUUCUCACACCAUGUAAAGGAAACCACAUCGUGGGACCAUCCUGACUUUGUGGCACUUUUAGAUACGUUGUCAGCCAUGAACACUGUGAAAUAUUGUGCGUACAGACUAGCUCUCAAAUUAAGGAAAGUUCAACAAAAGCUUUGUUUAGACCUUCUUGAUAUUACGUCGGCUGUUGUUUGCUUUGACUCUCAUGGACUUUCUCUUGACAAGCAUGACCUAACGAUUGCUGUUCCCGAGAUGGUUACAAUCCUAACUUCAAUCUAUGAAACCCUGUUUCAAUGUGAACCAGAGGAUAUCAAUGUUCCUCUGUGUGUGGAUCUUUGCUUGAAUUGGCUUCUCAACGUGUUUGACGGACAAAGGACAGGUUUGGUCAGGGUUCUCAGCUUUAAACUAGGUUUAGUAAUUCUCUGUCGAGGUCCACUCAAUGAGAAGUACGGAGUUAUGUUUAACCUUGCCGCAGGUGGAACAGAUAGCAAGGAAACCUUGUUGGAUCAGAGAAGGCUGGGUUUACUCUUGUAUGACUGUAUGCAGAUCCCUAAAUAUUUAGGGGAGAUUGCUCUGUUUGGAGGAUCAAACAUUGAACCGUCCGUACGAUCCUGUCUUCAGAAGAGUACCAAGAAAUCUCAGAGUCAUGUAAACCUAGCACAGUUUCUGGAUUGGCUGAGUGAGGAACCCCAGUCUUUAGUCUGGAUUCCAGUCCUUCACAGGCUUGCAUCAGCGGAGACAGCUACGCAUGAAGUACAGUGUAAGAUAUGCCGGGUUGAUCCUAUAGUUGGGUUUAGAUAUCAUUGCAGGAAAUGUUUUAAUCUAGACAUUUGUCACGCCUGCUUCUUCCUGGGCAAAUCUAUAAAAGGACAUAAACCUGAACAUCCUCUGAGAGAGUAUUGCACUUCUACAAACAGAACGGAUAAUGCUCGGCACCUUCUUCAAUCUUUUAGAAACUCAUUCCGCUCCCGGAACUAUUUCAAAAAGAAACAAAAGAAACUUGGAUAUCUUCCUGUUCAAUCCGUCCUAGAAGGAGAAAAUUUUGAAUCUCCUGCCAUGUCUCCAAACCUUUCUCUAGAGUCUCGAGAAUUUCCCGGAAGUCACACUGAGUCCAUCUCCUCCAAACUAGGACCUGAGAUCUCAGGAAGCCUUGAGAGUAAGGCAGAGGAGGACGAACAUUCUUUAAUAGCGUCGUACUGUCGUCUUCUCACUAGUACCAACAACAACAAUGUACCUUCAACAGCAACUAUACUCAGAGAAGUUGAUACACAACUGGAUAACUUGAAGGAAGAGGCGAUUGAGCAGUUGUUGGAGCAAUUACAAGAGGAGAAUAGUAGAUUGCAGGCGGAACACAGAGAGCUCACUGCAGGACAAUCUGGUAAAAAGGAAACUUUACAGGAAGAGAAAACACUCAGGCAGCAGAAGACUCGUCUUGAGGCCAGGAUGGCCAUUUUAGAGGAUCACAAUCGGCAGCUUGAGGCCCAGUUAGACCGUUUACGUCAGCUAGUAAGCACUGAAUCCUGCAACGGAUCAGCUCAGACUAGGUUUGUGGUUGCUGCUGAGCUGCAUGAGGGAGAGAGAAAGAAGAAUACCGAUCCCGGAGUUUGUCCUCCUCCGGCCUCCAGAAGGAAACCUCCGACGGCUCUGAAUCUCAGCAAAGUUCACGAGAUUGAGAAAAGAAACACCUUCAGGGACUCUAGUGGAACCUCCGACCAGAGUAACAGAAACUCUGGCACCUCCGGAAGUCUGAACCUUAGUAUACACAAUACAGAAACUCAGGAGGAUUGAAGUUUUGGUGCUAAAAUAUUUGAAAAGGAUUUAUUCUCACAGCUGAAGAGGAAUCAGCGAGCCCAGGAUUGAUCCUUGUUCCACGUGUUCAGAGAUUCACACUUUUUCCGGAGAAUUUUUAAUUAAUUAUUGCAUUUGUUAGUUAAUGAAUUUAAUUUAUUAUUUCAUAUAUAGAUAAAUCUUUAUAGAUUUGA